AUGCGAGCCCUUGGGAGCAGCGUCCUCAGGAAACUGCUUCGCGCCUACUAUGAUCCAAACCUUGGCGAUGUCACCAUGGAUCUCAUCUUCGCCAUGGCCAUGGAUGACGCCGUCUUGAAGAUGGCAUCUCGCUGGGCCGCGUCUGACGCCGUCAUAGAUGCAGUCGAGAGUGAAGGAGCAGUGCCAGUGGCGGAGGCGGAAGCGGGAGGCGAUGGUGACUCGGGUGAGCUUGAGGCUAUGGCCGAGGCGUUGGAAGAGCGCAUUGCAGCGUCUCGGGUGCAUGGCACCGAGGGAAGUUUGAGCAGUGUCAGCAAUCUGGGCGGACAAGUCUUGGCAGACGCCGACUUGAAGAUCAUGGAUCAAACCUCUCCCGUCCAGUCCUCCGAGGAUGCACGCGUCGACGCCAUUCUGGGCAGCGAAAGCAGUAGCGCUGAUAGCGCGUCUGACGGCACAAACCAAACUGAAUGGGCAAGAGUGGAGCGCACCAAGGAGUCGGAGCGACUUUUGGCAAUGCAAGAAGCUCUUCACAAGGCGAGGCAAUUGGAUAGAGCACGAGAGAGGCAAGCGGAGAAAGAAAGACUAACCGAGGAAGAGCUGUUGGAUCAGAGGAUGCGAGACGAAGAACUUGCAAGGCACUCGCUGCGUGGAAGUCACAUGUCACAACGGCAUAGUCGCGGUUCUUCGCGAGCGGCUUCUUUCCGCGCGCACGUCGAUUCUCUAGGCCCGCAGCGAGGUACCAUGGCAAGAGCAGUCAACGAAGAUGACAUUUUGGAGAGAGAAAGUAUGAGGGGGUCACAGAGGAGAGGCUCGUAUUCAACCCUCGGCGAGAGGGAGGGAAUGGGCUUGGUCCGAAGCGGUGCAAGUGGCACGACGGAGGGAUCCUAUGCUGGCGGCUCUUUCGCGUCCAGUCACCGCGACUCCAUGAGAUAUUGAGCUAGAUGAAUUUUAGGGUAGUUCGCUGUUGUAGAAAGUAUCAUAUAAUAGGACGCGGAAGCCGCCGUUCGGUAGACUUCGUGGCGUUGAACAGUUAUUUGCAUUUCGUUGUUUGGCCAUACUAGCUCCGGCCUUUCAGCAAAGCGAUAUGAUGCUUUGCCGUAAACAUCGAAUGACGGGGAGAGGUUUAUGCGUA